CGGCAACCGUAUCUAUAUGAUUUAUUAUCGGAAAUUGUGGUGGGAUUUCUAAGAAAUUUAAGUUGAAAUUGUGCAGCAAUUUCGCAGAAAGCAGAAGGGAAAUGAUCAAAUUACAGUUAUGUAACCAGUGAUCACAGCUGAAUUAUUAUCGCUAUGGAUAAACCAGACCCUCCAAGGAUUGGCAGGGUCACUCACUGCAGCAUUGAACUAUUUUGGGAUCAAGAGAAGAAGCCCGAUGAAUGCGAAAGGACAAAAUAUUGCGUUCAGGAGGCAGGCAUUUCAGGACAAUAUCGCAAUGUGUAUAGUGGUUAUGCAAAGACAUGCAUACUAGAUGGUCUAAAAGAGAACACUCGACAUUGCUACAGAGUUCAAAUCAACCUUUCAACCAUGUCUAGUCCCUGGAGUUCUGCGAUAGAAGUCACGACAAUGAAUUUCCCGUGCUCUGGGGCAGAGCUUCACCGAGCAGUUUUAAACUGGGAUGUUGAUAAAGUGAAAAAAAUUCUAAACAACUAUGAGUCAUUGGUUGAUGUUCCUGACAAGAUGGGAUGCUCUCCACUCAUGGUCGCCGCACAGAAGGGUUACACAAGUAUUGUGGAUGUUUUACUAACACUUGGCGCGGACGUGACGUUCUCCAAUUCAAGUGGCAAGGACAGCAUGAUGAUGGCGUGUUUCACGGGACACGUUAACGUGGCUAUGACGUUGAAAGAACAUGGCGCUUCAAUCGAAGUAAAGGAUCAAGGGGGUUCUAAUGCCCUUCACUGGGCGGUUGACGGCGGAAGAGCGAGUGUUGUGGAGUGGUUAUUGGACUGCGGAGCGAAGGUUGAUGAAUUGGACGUCGCUGAAUGGACACCGUUGAUGCGCUUGGCCACGUUAGAUGGCAAAGCCGACGUCGCGAAGGUUUUGUUAGACGGGGGGGCGAACGUUAACACUCAUGAUAAGCAAGGACGUAGCGUGUUAAUGGCUGCCGCGUUAUCAGGCCGUUUAGACCUUGUUUCUCUUCUGGUGGAAUAUGGCGCUAAUACGGAAGAACAGAAUAUGCAUGGAAACACAGCUUUGGAUUUUGCUCAGUCUUUUGGCCGCCACGAGGUUAUUUCAUAUUUAUUGUCCAUUCAGCCACCUCAGCAAGAGAAGCAGCCUUACGCAGUGCCAGAAAUAAGCUAUUUAUGAUUUUAAAAUACAGAGAGAGUUUUUUAAAUAACGUUAUAUUUUAAUAUAUAUGCAUAUAGAUAUUUAUCUUGUAAUAUCAUACUGCGUUUGUACUUUAAUUGUGUGGUAUUAUAACAUUAUGGAAAUAAAAAAGCUUUGGAAUUUUAAUUUUGACUUGAUUUUAAAGGUUGAAAAAUGCUCUACCAGG